CCAGACGCUUUAAGAUCAACACAAAUUCGUAUUAUAAAAAAUCAUUUGAUAACAGACCCUUAAACAAUAAAAAAGCGACUACCCCGUAGCUGGCUGCUAGAACAAAUCAUCAUUUGUGUUUUAAACGUAGACCGGAGAGUGCGUUAAAAGUGGCAUAUUAAUUUAAUAAAAUUAAAAAUAUCUUGAAAUAAGUUACAAAAUGGUUUCAGUUAUUAAAUUCGCUCGUGUUUUGCAACAAACAUCAGGCUUAUUGAAACAAGCCCCUAAAACUUUGCAAAGUUUCAGACAAUUAAGUUUAUCAACAAUUUACAAUGCAGAACGCCGUUUUACCGAAAAACACGAAUGGGUAUCUUUUGAGGGUACUUCCGGCACUGUAGGCAUUUCCACUUAUGCCCAAGAGGCUUUAGGUGAUGUAGUAUUUGCCCAAUUACCCGAUCCCGGCACAGUGCUUAAGCAACACGAUGAAUGUGGUGCCUUGGAAAGUGUCAAAGCAGCCAGUGAAGUGUACUCCCCCGUCAGUGGAGAAGUAACAGACAAAAAUGCCGCCGUAGAAGAAACACCAUCCUUGAUCAAUACCAACUGCUAUGAUGAAGGCUGGCUUUUCAAAAUCAAACUUUCAAACACCUCCGAAUUGGAUAAACUGAUGACUGAAGAUCAAUAUAAUGAAUUUCUUAAAAAUGCUGAUCAUUAGUUAGUUUAUUAUGUUGUGUUUUUAUUUUUUAAAACAUUUUUUAUAAACUCAUUUUCACAAGUUGCUUUUAAAGUUCAAAAAGAAA